CUGCUGGACACCCAUGUUCCAUCAUUAAAGCCUGUUCACUGUGCAAUCAAAGCUCAAACUAUCAAUCUCAAUGCCCGUUUUUCUCUACGAUGACCGUUCCGUUAAGAGAUCCAGCACAAGUGCAAAUCGCGAUAUCCAGCACAAGUGCAAAUCGCGAUCCGACAGAUCGAUCUGAUCGUUUGUGUGAUUGAUCCCAGCUUCAGGCAUUUGUACAGCCAAGUGAACGUAUUUCUUCCUGUUGAGAUUAAUAGUAUGAGGAGCCGAAAUUGCGAGAGCAUGGCUCGGCGGUCCAUGGCAAGGGGGUCCUUGAUUCCAUGGAGUCUGACUGGCCCACCAAUUCAUUUCAUCAUAGUGUUGCCCAGAUCACACUCCUGCGGGCCAUCCAAUUUCAAAUAUAAUUCAUCUGUUUCUUCGCAGAUACUUUGGCAGCAAUAAUAUUAGGGUGGAAUUAGUAUUAGUACAAUAGAUGGUAUAUUGGGAUACUAAUUCUUGUCAUUUAUGUGUACAUGAUUUAAGCUUAAUCCUGCCAUGGCGUACUGAUUAGCCAUAAUGACUUUGCCCAUGUGCUGAAGUGAUAUUUAGUAUUAUUGCAGCAUCCGGUAUUAAGAGCUCGAAUCGAAGUUUCUCGGGACAAAUAUGGAUCCUAGGAAAUAACUUCCUACGUGUUAUGUAUAUCGGACAGCAUGUUCCGCCAAACGAUACUGUAUCCUGUUCUUGAGUGGGUCUUGAUAUUCCUCCUCCUCCUCAACUCCUUGUUCAGUUACUUCAUCGCCAAGUUCGCAGAUUACUUUGGCCUCAAGCAUCCUUGCCUCUGGUGCUCUAGGAUCGACCAUGUCUUGGACCGUGGCGAGAACGUAAAGAGCAUCAAGGCUGAUUUCAUGUGCAAUCGCCAUGCCUUGGAGAUUUCUGGACUGGGCUACUGUCACCGCCACCAGAAAUUGGCCAAGUCCCAAGAAAUGUGUGAGAAUUGCUCUCUGACUUCGGUGGCAGAAGAAGAAACCGUUUCAAGGUGCAGUUGCUGCAAUGGGAGGUUAGAGGGGAAAGUUUUCCCUUCCUGUUUGCUGCUGAAGCCCUCUUGGUGUAGUAUAGAGGGGACAGGCCGCGAGAUCGAGAGCAUCGGAGCCAAAAAGUGUGAUAGCCCAUCAGGAACUGAAGAUCGUACUGAUGAAGGAGUUGCAGAUGUGGAUGAUGAGCAUCAGAUAAUUUCUGAUUUAGAUAGUUUUAGCAUCCGAGAGAUUACUUCCGAAGAGGAAUGCUCAAAGUCUCUCUCGAACUUCCGGUGGCACGAAAAGGAUGCUACUGGAGAUGGUAAGGACGCCUUUUGUGGCAUUGAAGCCAUGCGGGAAUCUUGUGACAGCAAUAACAUGACAAGGAUCUCUUUGGUGGAGGAUUCUUGGAUUGAAGUCAUUGACCUGCAGUUUAUUAUGCGGUAUGAUGGUCCUUGUGAUUCUUCCGAUCGGUUGCACUUGAUUGAUCUGAUCGACUCUUCAAUCAUCGGGAAUGUGAAACUUCCAAACUUGAGAGAAGAGGGGCAGCAUUCCGGUAUGUUGCAGGUGGAUACUGCUGCAGAAUUGGAUCAGAAUAACGCCGACUCAGAAACUAAAAGAGAACCAGAUGAGCUGUCACCAGCAAACGAUGCUGAAGAAACAGCCAAUGACAAAGAAACAGGAGAUUUCGAACCAUCGGGUGUGAUUGCUACUGGUGAGAAGGGCAUUGAUGAUCCGGAACAUGAACUUGACCAAUCUCAACUUCAAGGAGAUCUACCUUCAGCAAAUGGCGAUGGAUCUAAAGAUACCGAUGCCGAGAUACUUGGAACUGAAGAAAUCCUCGGAGAAAAGGACACAGACCAGACACACAACUUAGAGGCAGAGGAAGAAAAGUUUCCCGACACGCCGACCUCCCUCGAGAGCCUCCAGAACUGGCAGAAGAAGCUUCUUUUAUUGGAGAAACGAGAGUCCUCAAUCGAGGAGUCCUUGGAUGGAAGUGUGCUUAGCGAGAUUAUGGACGGGGGAGAUGGGUUGAUGACGAUUGAGCGGCUGAAGUCCGCCCUCACAGCGGAGCGGAAAGCCCUGAAAGCGCUCUAUGCGGAACUCGAGGAGGAGAGGAGCGCCUCCGCAAUUGCAGCGAACCAGACGAUGGCGAUGAUCACUAGGCUGCAGGAGGAGAAGGCCACUAUGCAGAUGGAAGCCUUACAGUACCAGAGGAUGAUGGAAGAACAAUCCGAGUACGACCAGGAGGCCCUUCAGAUGCUCAAUGAGCUCAUGGUGAAGAGAGAAAAGGAGAAGCAAGAGCUGGAGGGAGAGCUUGAGAUUUACAAGGCGAAAGUGUCCGAGUAUGAAGCAAAAGAGAGACUGAGAGGAGAGUCUCCGAUUAAAGACUGUGACGAUGAUGAGCUUUCAAUCGAUCUGAACCGUGAAAUGGGAGACCAGAGCGAGAACGAGGAAGCAAAUACUCCAAAUGAUGAAGCUAUUGACUUGGAGGAGUUGGCUAUCGAUUGCGUGAAGAACAUGAGCGAGCUCGAUAACUCGCUGGCAGAGUUCGAAGAGGAGAGGCUAUCGAUCUUGGACCAAUUGAAGUCGCUUGAGGAGAAGCUGCUCACAAUGAGCAAUGACGGAGAAGCAAUCCAACUUCGGGACAUGGAAACAAAGGAGGAUAGUCUGAGUUAUCUCGAAAGUGGAACAAUGAGGAAAAUGGCGAAGAGGCUCCUGCCCCUUCUUGAUGCAGCUGAUGAUGAAGCUGAAGAAGAAGUCGGGAUCAGACCCCAGAAUGCUGAGCUGCUAGACACUCAGAUGCCUGAGUUAGAAGAAGGGGAACGGGAGGCCAAGAGGAUUGAUAUCGUGGAGGAGGUUGAUCGGGUUUAUGAGAGGCUGCAAGCUCUCGAAGAGGACCGGGAGUUUCUGAAGCACUGCAUGAGUACGGUGAAGAAGGGGGACGAGGGAAUGGAUCUUCUCCAGGAAAUCUUGCAGCACCUUCGUGACCUCAAGAGCGUGGAGCUUCGUGUCAAGGAUAUCGGGGACGAGUAAGGACCUAUGAACAUGGCAAGCCAGUUCGAUCAAAACCGUAGCAUAGGAUGAAGUCAGAUGAAACUUGACGGUAUACAUUUGUGUGGUGGCGCAUCAUCGCGUGAAUCUCUUAGUUCUUGUGAUCUGAAUUUUUGUCGGAUUUUCCCGGUCAUGUUGGUGUUUUGAAAACUCAGAAUGUAUUCAGCAACUGAACAAAAGAUCAUAUUGUGGUUAGUCAAUAGUUUUACUCCGCGGUGUUAAUAUGUCAAACUUCACAGCUUUCUACCAAAAGUCAAUCAUUUGGAGAUUUCCUA